CCAUAAGGUCGAACCCGCGUCUAGAAGGUUUCUACAGCCACGAAAUUUUCUGAUGCAAUCUUGAAGCAGCGUGUGAGCAGUAAAAGUAGAAGCAAUUUCUUUCAAUUGUUCUCGUAUGCUUUAUGUCGCUUAAGAUCGUAGUAAGUAAAAGGUUUUCUUUUUUCAAAACGUGGACGCUCUACAAUCAGAAAAAUGACGGAAGAAGAUUCGGUAUUUGAUCCAACUAUGAAAAAGAAAAAGAAGAAGAAGAAGACUACUUUCGAUAUUGAUGCAGCUUUCAAUGAAGGAGGCAGCGGGGGCGAUGUAUCCGAAAGUAUUACCGAUAAGGAGAAUCAAGAGCCAGAGCCGACAGUUGUCGAGGAAGAUGAGGCACUGGAUUUGGAAAACUUUGGUAAAAAGAAGAAGAAAAAGAAAAAGGCAUUUAAUUUAGAUGAAUUAGAGGCAGCUUUGCCGGAUACUAAAAAGGAGGAACCUAUAGAACAACAAGUCGAGGAAAUUAUGGUAGACGAUGAUUUUGAUUUAGAUAUGGAUUUCUCGAAAACGAAGAAAAAGAAAAAGAAGAAGAAGGAUCUUGACGAAUUGGUAGCUGAAGAAGAACGUAAGGAGAUUGAAGACAAAGAGAAUGGCUGCACUGAAUCUGAGCGAAGUGCAGAGUAUGUGGAGGAACCAAGUUUAUGGGUAGGCUCGGAUAGAGACUAUACAUAUGACGAAUUACUAGUUAGAGUGUUUAAUAUCAUGCGAGAGAAGAAUCCAGACAUGGUGGCUGGCAAGAAACAGAAGUUUGUUAUGCGCCCGCCACAAGUAGUACGCAUUGGAACGAAGAAAACAUCUUUUGCUAACUUUACUGAGAUUUGUAAAACAUUGCAUAGACAGCCAAAACAUUUACUGGACUUUUUGUUGGCGGAGUUGGGCACAAGCGGGUCAGUUGACGGUAACAGUCAACUAAUUAUUAAAGGCCGCUUCCAACAGAAACAAAUAGAAAACGUUCUUAGAAGAUAUAUCAAAGAAUAUGUCACAUGUCAUACGUGUCGCUCACCUGACACUAUCCUUCAAAAGGAUACUCGACUCUUCUUCUUGCAGUGCGAAACCUGCGGUUCGAGAUGUUCUGUCGCCAGUAUAAAAUCUGGAUUCCAGGCUGUCACAGGAAAACGUGCUGCUAUUCGUGCAAAAACUGCCUAGAUGUUAAAGCAAUUCUCUAUCUAAGAUGUGCGAAUAAAAUCUUAUGGCAUAUAAACAAACAGUACAAGUGAUUGCAUCUUGAAUUGACUUGAAUACAGAAGUGUAGAUAGUAUUAGUUUGGACUCAUAAAUUUAAUAUCAAUGCUAAUGUAAAGAAAAAAUAAGAUGGCUUGAUUCUUUCACGUCUUAACCCCUUCAGCGGCAGGCAAAAUUUCACUGUUUGUGCCCCUGUCUGCAAGAAAAAGUAAUCGCAUUUUUAAAAUACCUUGCAUCUAGAGGUUUUUUGGAUCUCUGAAUAGGAAUUUGAUGUUAAAAUUGCAAAAUUCAAAAUGGCGGAUCCAAUGUGGCGGUUAAAAAACUAAAAUGUAAUUGUUAUGAAAACUGGUAUCCAAGGAUUUUUAAAUUGCUGAAUUUGAGGUACACAAUUUUGUUAUUUAAAAUAGCGGAUAAGUUGUUAUCUAUUGAUAUAUGUUCUUUUAUUUAUUUUGUGCUAUUAUAUUAGAUCCACUAUUUUGAAUUUGGGAAUUUUGACCUUGGAUUUGUAUUCAGAAACUCAACAACCUCUUAGGGUAACAAUUUUUAUGCAAAUCAGUCCAGGAAAUAAAAAAAAAUUAAUGUGCGCCAUAUAUCUUCAAUGCCCACUGGGGCAUUGCAUAUUUUCCGCGCCAUAUGGCGUCAAUGUCGUUGAAGGAAUUAAGGACUAAAAUCUUUAUUCUAUGAAUUGUAGUGUUCUGGAUUUUUGAUUCUUGGAUGUUUCGAUCCUUUCUUUGAUUUUGAAAUAAAAUUCUGAAAAUUUUAUUCCAGGUAUUGUUCCAAUUGUAAAAGAUUUUAAAUUUGAGAAUGAACAAGUUUCUGGCUCAAAUUUCUCAAUCUACUUCAAAUUGUUUAUGCCACCGGGUCUCCUAUAUCUUUUUCAUUUUAGAAUGCAGAGUUCUGAAAACUUUAGUCGCAUAACUUUUUAAAUUUUUUAAUCUUGUUUGUUAUCAUAAUUAAAUUUGAAGAAAACUUGUCAACAAUUAAAAUAAAUCAUUCAACAUUCUCUGUUAAUGUCAUGUUUGUCUACAUGUACAAAAACACUUUGUUUAGAUGAAGAGUAUCCGAUUGUUGUCAACAAUAGAGCUAAGCAGUAAUGUAUUAUAUUCUCUUGUAUAUACAAUAAUCAAGUCCAGAACAAAUUUUUGCAAAAUUAAUUGCAAAUUUGCAAAUUAUACAAUUUUGAAAAUCUUUGAAACAUUUUCGACGAGAACAGCUUUUCUCUUUAAAUAAUUUAAUUGUAUUUACUAGACAAUAUAAAUUUGUCUCGAACUUUUUGUAUGUUCUUCAAGUUUUCAAAGAAUUUGAUGAAAGAUCCUUUAACAAAUAUGUAUGAUAUAAAUGCAAUAAACCACUAACCAAU